GCGUCGAUUCAGUCUAGCGCCAACCGCCGAACGUUCGGUGUCGUCGUGACCCUGAGCUCCUCUCCUUCAUUAUCGUUCCAUCGCUCUAAUCAGCAGUACGAACCACACAACGACCUUAACAACCAGUAUCCUAGUUAUUUGACGGAUUUUGCGUACGCGUGACCUUUCGCGACGCAUCUUUUAUGAAUGGACGACCAUGGAGUGCACGCGACAUUUCAGUGCCACGGCUCUUCAAUCGGCAAAGAGAGAUAGGAAAUAUAGUGUGAAGUUGUUUCCUGACUGUGCUCAAGGAAUUUUUUAUCACUUUACUUCAAUGUCGUGAAGCGCACAACAAACCGUGCAAUGACAGUUGGUGCUGUAUUAAUAAUGAACUGACAAAGGAGAAUUUACUUUGUGGCGAACUAAUGGCAGUUAUUGUUUUGAUUAUUCCUAAUCGUGUCAGGUUUUAAUUUCUGGGCAAAAUCGCAUUGAAUUAAUGGAGUGUCGUGGCAGGACGCAAUCAAUCGCGUACUCGUGUCUCGACGCUUCUGCGAUAACUUGGAUAAUUCGUUAAAACCGCAUCGAGAUUCGUCUGGCAGUCUCAUCGGCAUAAAUGCAAUUGGUGAUUCGCGAAGAAGAACGAGGAACGCGCGUUUGCAUGGAAAUCAAGGCAGAAGCACAUAGAAGAAGCUCAAGUUUGAAUAUCGGGAGGAGGCUCAAAGGUCGGUCAAAAUGUCCAGACCCGGAUCCAUCCUUGGCCUUCUGAUCAUCCUGGCCGUCUUUAAGCUCUCCCAAUCGAAUAAGUGCCUGACUAUGCGCGAAGAGGUCAAUCCAAAGCGGGUUAUCCAUCUGAAUGGGGAGUCCUUGAACAUCCACUUUGAACUCUCGAGGAGGAUCACCCAGAGGUUAGCCUCUUGGAUAAUGAAAAUAUUCCUCGAGGAAGUUCUGGGUUAUCCGGGUAUCGCGUUCAUCGAGAAGGACGACAACUUCAACGUCUCCGAGACCUUCGCCAGGUUAUCGGAUCGUGUUAAGAAUGUCCAGCGGAGCAUAAUUCCAGAGACUAUGGUGAAUAUGGAACUCUGGAUACCACCGGACGAGGACACGACCCCCCUGCUGAAGCAGUACGACGUCAAGCUCUGCGGCUCUGUCACGGCACCAGGUCACUUUGGAUGGUUCGUUCCUGAGAGAUUGGGCAAGGCCGAGGAUACCUGGUUGACCUUCACCAGACAGGAAAGUUCCUCGCGCUUCGACGUGACCAACGCGACGCUUCUAAAUACCAUAAGGAACUUCAGUGUUGAUCAGGCGAAUGGCUCCUACUACUGCAAGGAAUCAUUUUGCCAGGAUGGAAUGUAUAUUCCAAGUCGGUGCCAAUCCCUCGGUGGUAAGGAUCAGCCUUGUGCUUUGCUAUUGGCUGCACAUGCCGACGUCACCAGGUUCGUCAAGGAUCAGAUAGACCGGCUGAACCUGUACGUUAAGGUCGUCUGGGUCGGACCCAACCUUGCUAACCUGGUGGAGUAUCUAACGAAGGAAUAUCUAAUACGAGGAGACGAUGAGAAAUCGAUAACGAUCCUGCACUGGACCCCGAGUUCUGUGAUCCCAAAUGAGAAAGAUUAUACGAGCCUUCUAUUUCCUGGGUCGUUGAACGGAAACAGGGAUUAUACCUACGAAUUAAAUAGACUGGUCAAAUUAACCUGGGCCAAACUCGAGUCAGUCGCGAAGUUUGCCUACGAGGCAAUAAAUCGCGCCAAUUUUACUCAGGGCAUGUACGAGGAUCUGAUCGACCGGUACAACAGGUUUCCGGAUAGGAGAUUGCUCCCUAUCGAGAACGAUCACGAUUUCGACAAAGAAAUGGAAGAGAGCAUCGCCUGUGAUUGGCUCAAGGAAAACCUUAAUUAUACUUUACGUUAUUGGGUGCCUGAUGACGAGGAUAAGAACACUUUGUACAUCGGUGGGAUCUUCCCCGUUACUGGCACGGCCUACACUGCCAAGUCCAUCAUGGUCGCUGCUAAUUUGGCCAGGAAGGCCAUCAACGCCAACGAGACGGUCCUGAGAGAUUACAACUUGAUGCUGCACGCGAAAGACGGACAGUGCAAAACGGACAUGGUCAUGAAGUCCUACAUCGAUUACCUGGUGAACGUCGACUACGAGAAGCUCGUCGGCAUCCUGGGACCAGCCUGCUCCGAAACGGUCGAGCCUCUCGUCGGUGUCUCGAAGCUCUACAAGACUGUCAUCAUCAGCUACGGAGCCGAAGGAUCCACUUUCACCGAUAGAACCAAGUAUCCAUACUUCUUCAGGACGAUCGGCGAGAACAAACAGUACAAGCACGUUUAUCUUCGACUACUCCAGCAACUUGGUUGGCAUCGGGUCGCUGCUCUCACUGAGGACGGUCAGAGGUACACCGAAUACAUAUCCUCCAUGCAGGAUAUGCUUCAGGAAAAUGGUAUCACCUUCAUUGCCAACUUUAAAUUUCCUAGAGAACACGAGAGCGAGGACAUGUCCAGGUACUUGCAGCAGCUCAAGGAAAAUAGGGCCAAAAUUAUCAUUGCUGACGUAAACGAUCAAGUAGCUCGACAGGUCAUGUGCGAAGCAUACAGAUUGGGUAUGACGGCUGUGCAGGGUUACGUAUGGUUUCUACCACUGUGGCUCCUGCCCCGCUGGUACGACACGGAUUAUUAUAACCAAAGAGGAGAACAGGUCGUUUGCACUACCGAGGAGAUGAUGAACGCCACUAAUGGAUAUUUUGGAUUGACCCAUGCAUACUUUGCCGCCGACGAAGAGAUCAUGCAGGAGGGUAUAACGGUGCGGCAAUGGAGAGACAAGUACGAGAAUAUUUGCGAAAGGAAUAAAGAGCUUCCGUCGAAUUACGCGGGAUACACCUACGACGCAAUGUGGACCUACGGUUACGCAAUGGAUCAGUUAAUUAAGGAGAAUCAGAGCUACGUUUUUGAUCUACAUUCUGAUCACACGGUUAAUAGAUUAACGGACAUCAUCAGGAGGACCGAUUUUCAUGGGGUUUCCGGCUGGAUCAAAUUUCUUGGUGGCCCCUCUAGGUUCUCCGAGAUCUCCGUCAUCCAGCACGUCGAUAACGAGACCAGAGUCGUAGGCAACUUCCGUCCCAACAUCUCCGAGGAGAGGAAUGAGAUCGUAGGUGGAGAACUUGUUCUGAACAUGUCAGCGAUUGUUUGGCUGUCGCAGGAAAUGCCAGACGAUGGUUCGGAACCACCGCAGAAAUGCGUUCUGUCAGGUUUGGCUGAGCUCCUAGAUGUCUCCUGCGAGGUAGCCAUAGUGGUAGCGAACGUCAUCGGGUUUGGAGUUCUUGGUGCCUUGCUAAUCAUUGGGUUCAUCAUUGUUAAGAGGAAAUACGAUGAAAAGGUUCGUGUUCAUGAAAAAUAUAUGAAGUCUCUGGGACUCGAUUUCCUUCCGUCGGAUACCUCAGGGCUGGACAAGUGGGAAAUUCCACGCGACCGGGUGGUCAUCAAUAGAAAACUUGGCGAAGGCGCCUUUGGCACUGUCUACGGCGGGGAGGCCUUCUUCCCGGAGAAGGGCUGGUUGGCUGUUGCCGUGAAGACUCUUAAGGUCGGCAGUACGACCGAUGAGAAACUCGACUUCCUCAGCGAGGUCGAAGUGAUGAAGAGAUUCGAGCAUAAGAACAUCAUAAAGCUACUUGCGGUCUGUAUAAAAUGCGAGCCGGUUCUCACUGUAAUGGAGUUCAUGCUUUAUGGAGACCUUAAGACGUACCUCUUAGCUCGAAGACAUCUCGUUAAUGAUCAGAAUUACGAGGAGUCAGAUGAGAUUUCAAAUAAGAAGCUGACAGCUAUGGCUAUGGACGUAGCCAGGGCUCUUAGUUACCUGGCUCAAAUGAAAUACGUUCACAGAGAUGUAGCCUCGCGAAAUUGCCUUGUCAAUGCUCAGAGAGUUGUUAAGCUUGGGGACUUUGGAAUGACUCGGCCGAUGUACGAGAAUGACUACUAUAAAUUUAAUCGUAAAGGUGAACCAGACCGGCUGUUGCGUCUUUCCAAGAUUUUCAAGAUUUCAAGUCUCUGCCACGCAUCCCCUUCUAAACUGUCUCGUCCUAAAGAAAGUACGAGGAGAGGAAUGUUGCCCGUCAGGUGGAUGGCGCCAGAAUCUUUGGGAUUGGGCAUCUUUACCCCAGCCUCGGAUGUCUGGUCGUACGGUGUCCUUCUCUAUGAAAUUAUCACCUUUGGUAGUUUUCCUUUUCAAGGAAUGAGUAACAAUCAAGUACUCACUUACGUUAAGGCCGGAAAUUCUCUGACAGUGCCCCGGGGAAUAAAGCCUCAUUUAGAGGGCUUGAUAAGAUCCUGCUGGACUGUGGACCACACAAAGAGACCAACUGCACCGGAAAUAGUCGAUUUCCUAGCAACAUAUCCGCGGAUCCUCGCUCCGUGUCUCGACGUUCCUCUGGCCAGCGUCCAAUUGCAGCACACGGAUCAAAUCAAUAUUCAACUUCCGGAGAACUUACAGAAAUUCUCAAUCUCCUUGUCAAAGUUCAAACUGACGUCCACAGGAGUGAUGCCAUUUGAGAUGCCGAAUCCUCCUCUUCUGGAUAUAGAGAAUAACGACGAAAAUGGCAACACGAGUCGUCUACUAGAAGGAUGCUCCAUCUCUGAACCGGAAAGCUCGAGGCUGCUACUUCCGACUACAGAAACCCCAGUGAAAUACGUCGAGCUUCAACAAAACCAGAAUACACAGAAGCAUGUUCCAAGAUAUGUUAACCUCCAUCCUGGAAUGGCCAAUUUGAUAAGCACUUCCGAUAGAAACACAAACGCCGGAAGCGCUCUACAGCUUGAAGAGAGAAGGUCCAUUCUUGCGGAAGAACGCGAACCUAACGACGUGUCCAUGCUCUGACACAUCCUCUAAUAAGUAAAAUGUGUGUACUGAUCAUUCGAAUAGACGCGUAAACAUUAAUCACGUUCUUUCGACUUAAGGACGAAUCUGCGUAUUUCUCUUCACGAUAUUAUUCUUCGAACUGAUAAUGAGAUUGAUGUUGUAAAUAAGGCUGAGCUAUCUGUUGCGAUCCAUAAAGCACAUCGUGCUAUGUUCAAUGCAAUACCGAGACUGUCAUUAAAGUAAUAUUAGUAAGUCGCCAUUAGGCAAUUCGAAUCGAUGGCAGAUAAAGUGGUUAAGGAAUUUUUCAAAGCGGCCAUAACAGCAUUUCUGGAAAAUGAUGGUCGGCGAAAAGUAGAUUCUUUCCAACCAUGACAUUUGUGAAAUGCGUAUUGUAAUUACGAUUAUAAAGUUCGAAGAUUCUUCUGUAUGUACAAACGUAGCUACCCGGAACCCUUAGGACAUAAAUUCGAUAUGGAUGUACAUUAAAAAGGAUUCUGGAUCCAGCUGAUGAUCGCGUUUUAAUUCUAGAUCGACGUAUCUUUCAGCAUUUUUAAUUAAUUGUACAGUAGAUGUUAUUUCAGACCUGAUAAUUAAUUACUUACGAAACUGAUUGUCAAUAAGACAAAACUGCCUCCGUCUCCCUAGCCUCGCUAUACUUAUAAUUAAUAGCCGUUCUUAAACGACUAUAGGUAAAGUUCAAUUAAUUCAUAAACUUAUCGAUUUACAACAUACGUACAAACAAUCUAAUUCUUUAAUUUUACUCAAAGAGACUUUUUGUUAGUAUUAGAAAUUUUCAAGUAUAUAUUUUGUACAUAAACUCUAAGCAGCCGGAAUCUCAAGGUGGAUACACUUAUUGAUGUGCCUGAUCGCAAAUGAUGUCUCAAGCGGUAUCUCGAAGCUGAAAUAUCAUUUGAAUAUUGCAUAAUAAUUCAAUGUACACGUAUUUUUAUUUAUUUUAACGUUAGUUUCACUGUAUUCUCAAUACCGUCAGAUGGAUCAUCUGCGUAUAAGAGAAAUUAAUCGAGCGUCUGGAUAUAUGGAAUAUUAUAGAAUAGAAUUUGUCUGUUCAACCAGAAUCCGAGUGAUUAAGCUUUAAAAGUACAUAGAGUCAUAAGUCAUAAUAAUAUGAGAUAAUGCUAUAUUUACCGAAGGAAUCAUCCUCCAUGAAUAGUAUAAUGACAAUUUAUCAUAAGAGCUUUAUUUUGAUAGUAAGCAGUACUCCAAGUGCCGUUCGUCAUUCGUCAAACAUUAUGAUUGAUGUGUAAAUAUUGUAAUUUUAAACCGGUAAAACCGAAAAACUAUAAAAUUUUCACCUUAAUUCGUUAUUAUUAAUACUAUAAUGAUUGGCAAUUCUAAGGACCUGUUCACUGUGUUUUUAAAAUAAAAUAUUCUUUACAUUAAUUGCUCAACACCUCUGUUACAUCAUAUUGUAAAUUAUAUAGCUAAACUAAACCACCACGCGUCUUUUCACAAGCUAUUCUUAUCCUGAAUCCUAUUGUUUGUCAAGUUAUGAUUAAAACAUGAAUUUUCGAAUGCUGCUAGUAUAAUUUAUAACUAUUGACAUUUCACUUUUGUAAUUUUAUCGUUGAGUAUUUGCAGCAGCUUUGAUAGAGGAUUCCGCUUGUCUCUACCUGAAAUUCAUAGUUAUUCAAACAUGUAUUUUUCUCUAUUUUAAUAAACUGUGCGAACACAAAUA